CACACAACAGCUGUAGGUCAUUUGCAUAGCAGGGGAGGGGCCUGCUGAGCCAUUGGCCCAAAGGGAGGAGAUGAUCAGCAUGGGAACAUGCAGAGAAGUUUGCAGGCAACAGAUCAGUUCUACACCUCAACUAAAGAAGAGAGAAAACACACAUGCUGCACGCGGCUCACAGAACAGUUCCUCAACAAAGAAGCCUGGACUGUCUCAUAAACUCAGAAAGUGGACCUAUUUCUCACACUACAGCCCAAAUCUUUCCCACUUUUAUUUUCCUGAAGACAGCAGAUAGACUUUGGCUGAGAGGAAACUUGUUGCUCCACGGCGCGUAAAAAACAUUGCAAUCUGAUGCCAGAGCAAAGUAUCCCCACACCCCAGUCCGGCCCUCUCUGACUUCCCGCAGUGGAGCUCUCUGCCCAUUCCUGCCCCUCCAAACCAGCGGUCCGUCCUUCCCAAGGAAGCCCAUUAGCCAAUUACCAUGGAUCUAAGCUCCACCUUAACAAAUAACUCAAUGAGGCAUCAAGAAUCUGCAACGCAAGCUGUCAUCCCCAGCAACAGUGCGAACGACCAAUCCUUUCAGGCCAUUCUGGGAGGUGUCAUUGCCUCGGUGAUCUUGGUUCUACUGUGCCUGGUGGGAACAGUGCUCCGUUACAUGUACCGGCACAAGGGGACCUACCACACCAACGAGGCCAAGGGCACUGAGUUUGCAGAGACGGCUGACGCUGCGCUCAAGAAUGACCCGUCCCUGCAGGAUGCCGUCGACGAGAACAAGAAGGAGUACUUCAUCUGAAGCGGGACGUCCCGACAGGGAGCCCACGCUUGCCACUCGGCCUGGGUUACUGUGGAAACCGUUGCCUUGUGCACUUCUCCUGCCCCCGAACCGCAACACCUGCAGCUAAGAACCAUGUGAUGCUUAAUGAAAAGACAUUUUGAACUUUCUAUUAACCUGUACAUCUUUUGUUAGUGCAAACCCCUAUGUAAUAUGUCUUUCAUUUUACCACAGGGAAAAUAAACCCAUGAUAUGUAACCAGCCUACAUUAGCUGAGACACUUUAUUCCUCAAAAACAGGAAACUGGGAGAUCCAAGACUGCAGUGUGCCAUCACUCUCUGAAAAGCCUGGGAUCACAUCCUAGUCUAAUUCAACAGAUUUAUUUCCUCUUCUGCCAACUGGAAGCUACACAAUUAAAACCGGGGAGCAUGUCACCUGUGUUGGGUCUUAGCUGUGCAGUUAAUCCAUCACUGGUCAGUCACUCCUGGAAAAACCUAAAAUAAAGAAAAUAAAUGUAAUGUGAUUGUUAUUUUAUGCAGAGGGCGGUGCGGUCAAUAUCACUGUCUCCUGUAUUAAAGAUACUGUCUCCUUUGUGAAGAUGUCGCCCUCUAGCAUAAAAACGGUAGUCAAGGCAAUACAUGGGUUGUGUUUAAUGCAGACAACUGCAGGUGUCCACUGGGCCCGUAGGGAUAUGCUGAGCUUGAACAAGCAAGGACCUGAAGAAGCGCAUGUCAAUCUCAAAGUAUUAGCCAUGUCCCACGUUUCCAGAAAUGGUUUCAAAAACCAACAAAGGCCUUACGGUCUUAGUGCCAUGAACACAUCAAAUAACGUACAGUUACCUGCUCUGGGAGCAUAAUCUGCAUUUUCUGCGUUGAUGCUAGAGACUAAAAUGGCUGUGCACUGGAGUGUCUUGUGCCUCACAAUCUGUUCUUGAGACAACUGGCACUGCCACGCUUUGUUUUUGUGAUGUCAUCAUCUGUAAUUAUAUUGUUUAGUGGAACUACCUAUUGUUUUUUAAUACUCAUAAGCCAUGACCAGUAUUGCCUUUAAAAUGUAUUAGGAUUAUUUGUCUUUCAUUGCAAUGUGGCUCCCUGAGUUAUAUUUCAGAAGGAAAUGUAUUGCAUGUAAUUCAAACCUACAGAAUUACAUCUCUAAUGAUUAUAGUGUGAAAAACUUGGAGCUUGUUUUCUCUGUGGGUUAUCAGAAGGCAGGGUCUCAUCUAAUUCCAGUCACAAUGAUCAGACUUCAUCCUUUCAACUUGAAGGACUGGCGACUAGGUUGCUUCAUGGAGUUUCAAAUAUCUUCUACCUGAAAAUAUUCAAAUACAUUGGCUACGCCUCUCCUUAAAGACUCCAUCACGGUCGACUUCAUGGAAAGUUGGACCAUAAAGGUCAGUUGUGACUGAAACUUCUCACAAGUUUAAUGGUUAGCCUGGCCUCAAGCUCUUUGCAGAAAGGUUGAAGUCCGCUCAUAUUGAUACAAACAGUUGAGACCAGCGUUUGUUUCAAUGCCCAAUCCAUUUUAAACAUGAGGGUUGUAUACCAGCAUGUGCAAGUUCUGGGAUAUUGUGUUUGUUUAAGGUAUAAUCACAUUUCAUGCUAUUAUUCCCUGGAAUGUGUGAUGGUGCUUUUUAAGUGCCUCCGUAGAAAGGAAACAUUUACAGAAACAUGUAAAACUUUUAUUAGAUGCAUCGUCUAUAACAAAGACCCUCCAAGUCCCCAAUAAUAGCCCAGAGAAAAACCAUAAAAGUUCAAAUAAAAGCCUUCUGCUUCAAUUCAAUUCAAUUGCCUGGUAACAAAAAUGCAUCACUGUGAUAUUAAGCAUAAUGUUAAUUGACUUCCCACACAAGUGCAACUAAAGUAUGGUGGCUAUGAUGGCACCAAAGAGACAUAUUGAUCUUAAAAUCACAUUUUUUUAUUCAAGUAUGCCAAGAAUAAUGCAGUUGAAGAGCAGUGUGGCACUUAAAAAAAAACACAAGCACAUGUGUGACUGGAAGGGGUGAAAAGGAAAGCUCCUAAAUAUUCCACAGCCUGUACAAGUAAAAACAGUGAGAUGUGUGGGCAUAUUCAACAAGGUGAAUGUGAGCUAAUUAACAAAUUCUUCCUUUUUUCUUUUUGUCGUAAAUUGCUCACAUUAACUUACAGUCUGAACAAAAAUGGAACAUGUGGAAGUUGACAGUCAUUUUACAGUUAUAAUUAAUUUUAAUAUACGUUACAUUUCUUACAAAUCAUUACAAACGAUUCACAGUGAAUUCAAUGGUCACAUUAAAUUUACAACAUAGUUGAGCAAUAACUUACAAGGAAAUAUAGCUCCACAUGAAGGUUUUCAUUGUCAAACCCAUGUCGGACCAGACUAGCAGUAUGUGUUUGAAACUAUAAGGUUUCAGAGUCAUAGUGCCAGUAUAUGUUUUUAACAAUAAGGUUCUUCUGUGUUCUACAGUGCUCUUCAGGAACUCAGUGUUUUCUUCUAUGCCUUUCCGAACGUUACGUGAAAUAAGAUGAAAAGAAAAGUCAACUCACUUUGAAACUAUUCUCAAUAAAAUAAAAAAUUAAUAAA